AUGUCUGCUCCUCCCGCCUUGGGCGCCUUGGGCAUGACGUUUACGGCUAUGCGGGCCUUACAAGCCGUUGCGUUGGUCACAAUCAUCGGGCUGGCUUCCAACUUCAUCUCCGAGAUGGUGGCUGCCAGCUACGUGCCGCCGCCUGCGUUGGUCGGCACGCUUGUUGUUGCUUGCAUCACUGCCGUCUACAUCGUCAUCACAUACAUUCUGUACUGGGACUCUAUGCUUCCUCUCCUGAUUUCCACCGGUGCCGAUGGUCUCUGUCUCCUCGCCACCAUCGUGGUAGCUUGCGUCGUCGGCAAGCCCGUCAGUUACCUCUCGUGCCCUUCGCUCCCAGACAAGGGCAACACGGCCAACUUUAUACGCUCUCUUUUCCUCAACCUCUCGCGCGGGGACUACUUUGAGUGGGUCGACCCCGACAAGGCCACCUGCUUCGAGAUCAAGGCCAUCUGGGGCCUCAGCAUAUGCCUCUGCGUCCUGUACUUCAUGUCCGCCGUCACAUCUGCCUGUCUCUGGAAACGAGUCAAGGGCGGCAACCGGGCCCCUCCCAAGGACUCCGAGUGA